CAGGAAGAAAACAUUUCGUUUGGGAUCUCACGUAUGAUGAAACUCAUAAUAACAAUCACUACUUGCUUAAUACUUUGCUCGGUGCUACUACUCCCAAUUUCCAACAUCUUCAAUCGCCACAAGUCUGAUCAUACAAUCACCGGUAACAAUUGUUCAAAUGAACCAAGGAUGAAACUGGAAGGAGGGCUUCUUGCAACAGAGUUUGAUGAGGAAUCUUGCUUGAGUAGGUAUCAUCAGUCGUCUUUGCGCAAGUCUUCACCAUACAAACCUUCUGACUAUCUCGUCUCUAAGCUUAGAAGCUACGAGAUGCUUCACAAGCGUUGCGGUCCAGGCACAGAUGCUUACAAGAGAGCUACAGAGCAGCUUGGUCACAACCAUGUAAUAAGAAGCUCUGGUAAUGAUGAGUGCCGAUAUGUAGUGUGGACGCCUAUGUUUGGGCUGGGAAACAGAAUCCUUUCUCUGGUCUCUGACUUCCUCUAUGCUCUCUUGACAGACAGAGUCAUGCUUGUUGACCAAAGAAACGAUAUAAGCGACCUAUUCUGCGAGCCUUUUCCUGGUAUUUCCUGGUUACUUCCUCUUGACUUUCCAUUGACGGAUCAGAUAGAUAGCUUCAACCGAGAACAUUCUCAUUGUUACGGGAAUAUGUUGAAGAAUCAUGCCAUUAACUCAACUACAAUACCGUCCCAUCUUUAUCUUGACAUUUUCCAUACUUCCAAGGAGCAUGAUAAUAUGUUCUUCUGUGAAAAAGACCAAGCUUUCAUCAAACGUGUCCCUUGGCUAGUAGUAAAAUCCAACCUUUACUAUGUUCCAUCUCUGUGGUUGAUCCCUAGUUUCCAAACCAAACUCAUCAAGCUAUUCCCACAGAAAGAUACUGUCUUCCACCAUUUGAGUCGGUAUCUUCUGCACCCGACGAACCAAAUUUGGGGAAUGGUCACUAGAUCCUACAACGCUUACUUAUCAAGAGCAGACGAGAGACUUGGGAUUCAAGUAAGAGUGUUUAGCACGCCCGCUGGAUAUUUCCAGCACGUGAUGGACCAGAUCUUAUCUUGUACAGAAAGAGAGAAACUACUGCCUGCAGUAGCUAUAGAAGAAGAAUCACAAGUCAGUAAUACAUCGACAAUCCCAAAACUUAAAGCUGUAAUGGUCACGUCUCUGCAUCCAGAAUACUCUGAUCACUUAAAGAAUAUGUUUUGGGAACGUCCGAGUUCAACAGGAGAGAUAAUUGAAGUUUAUCAGCCAAGUGGAGAGAGGGUUCAACAAACAGACAAGAAGCUUCACGACCAAAAGGCCCUCGCAGAGAUGUAUCUUCUGAGUUUAACUGAUAAACUUGUCACAAGCACAAGGUCUACAUUUGGAUACGUAGCUCAAGGUAUUGGAGGAAUUAAGCCAUGGAUACUCUACGAGCCAAGGCACCGCAAAGCUCCUGACCCACCGUGUGUUAGGGCCAUGUCGAUGGAGCCUUGUUCUCUUAAACCUCCUCUCUCUCGUUGUCAAGCCAAGACGAUCAAAAUCACCCAUUUCAUUAGGUAUUGUGAGGAUCGUAUCACAGGGAUUAAGCUAGUAGAUUAA